AUGUGGCGUGUUGAAAAAGGAAUAGCAUAUAACACUUCAAGCGGAGAAGACGUACACGCCACAACAUUCUCAAUAAUAUUUGAAACACUAUCAGGAUAUUCAUGGGAAGCUAUACUAAUACUAACUUUGACAGCUUUUGCUUUGAAUUAUGGGGAAUGUUGGCACCUUGCUCUCAUCUAUUCAUCAAACCAGCUAGGCAAGUCCAUGGCAAUCCUGAAGCAGGUAGCUGAUGUUCACAAGCUGUCAGGACUCUCUGCUCCUCCCCUGGAAGCUGUUAAUGAUCUCGUAAAGGCGAUUAUGGAUGUGACUAGAUGCAUUAUUGAGUUCCAGGAGCUUGGAUCCCAACUUGAUGGUUCAAAGGAUGUCGAAGCAUAUUCUGCAGGAUUACGCCAAAUCCCACUCACUAUAUACUGGAUCAUUAGGAGUGUCUUGGCUUCUGCUUCUCAGAUUACUAGCCUCACCAGCUUGGCUUUCAACUAUGUAAUAUCAAGUACAGAGAAGGAAGAAUUGAUCUUCUUGACAGAAAAACUAAACAAGAAGAAAAAAGAGCUCAAGGAACAGCAGAACUUAUGCUAUCCAAUCUUAGACAAGGCAACCAUGAAUAAGCGUCUGGGUAUUAUUAAGAGCCUCCUUGAACUUCCCCAAGUUGACAACAUGAAUAUUUUGAGAGCACUUAUAUAUUACAAGGAUGAUCAACAACCACUUAUUGAUGGUUCUAAUAGAAAGGUUGACCUUGACGUCUUGAGAAAAAAACUGAUAUUGUUGCUAAUAUCAGACGUAGACAUCCCACAAGAAGACAUAAAUGUUGUGAAACAAAUAUACCACAAAUCGAGGGACGAGGGACAAAUAAUUAAAGCUGAAAACCAAUUUGAGAUCGUCUGGCUUCCGAUUGUUGAUUCAUCCAUGUUCACUUCUUCUGAUUAUGUUAAUAGAAAGUUUAAGGAAAAGAGGAGUAACAUGCCUUGGUACUCAGUAAACCAGCCUUCAUUGAUUGCUCAAGAAGUUGUUAAAUUGACCAGAGAGGAGUGGCAUUUCGACAAGCACCCUAUUAUUGUUGUGCUAGAUGCACAAGGUCAGUUACUUUCUAAUGUAAUAGUUUUUGGAGGGAAACUAAUAUUUUGUGUAAUGAUGGCUUAUGUCAGAAUGGUAUCGGAGCUUAUUUCCUACGGGCUGUGA